AACGGACCGUAAAGCCUAAGUUAAAAGGACCAUAAAUCCAAGCUCAGACCGUGUAAAAUUUUGGGUUCGAUCGGUUCGGGCUCCGGUUGGUCCGCCCAAAUUUCGCCCCUGUGGAUUCGGUUUACUUUACACUUUCAAUGAAGACUAUAUGCWUAUCGGUCGAAUAGUUUCCAUGCUUUGGACGGUUGAUAUACGAGACUAACGGCGCAAACAUGAACGUGGCUUAUGCGUAUGUCCCCUACAAAAGGCGUCCCAGUUUUUUGAACCGUCUACAUUGUGCCGGCUCUGCAACCAGCAAAGCUUCAACGCUCCGACAAUGGCGUCCCUGCAACUCGCCCUUUUCUCACCUUAAAGCAUCUGAAAUCUCUGGGCUCUCUGAUUCGCUGUCUCUGAAAACGCUCUGAUGUGCUCUUCUAAUUGGGCUGUGGCAUUUUCAAGUCAAGAACUCUCAGCACAUGAAACCUUUUCAAAACUCCGGCCGGUUCCUUUUAAGCAUUCUUUGUGCACGAUAUCUCUCUAGCUCCUGUCCUGUUGUUUUGUUUUGAAAUUUUAGGGUUUUAUCUCCGAAAACGGCUGUUUUAGAUGCUAUUUCGGAUCUUUUAAGCAACAACUUCUGGUUUUCUAAUGCUUUCUGAUCUUUGAGGCAAGAGCGUUUUUAGUCCCUCUUGCAGUCUUACUUUCAUGGUUCAUCCAUUUGGGUAUAGUCUCUUAUCUUUUAGUUGAAACGUGGCUUUCAUCUUCUUUGCGAUCCCGAAGCUCUUUUAAUGGCUGUCGUGGUUCCAUAAAUGUAGUUCUGGUUAUGUUCAUCUUAGAAUCUCAUUAACCUCUAAGAUUUCAUUCCGAAAAAUUCUCUUUUAAUAUCAUUUUCGGAAGCAAUGGCCUAUUUAUUUCAGACCUCGUCGGCUAAGAACAGGUUUCAGACGGCCAUCAAGAUCGUGAAACUCACGUUCAUCGCCGUUGGAAUCAUCUCAGCUUUGCUUCUAUUCAUGCUCGCAAUCUCGUAUUCCAUCAAUCUCUUCCUCUCUACUCUUCCUCGUCUAUGGACAUCCAUCCAAAGCUGGUUAGCUCCUCCGUAUCUCUUCAUCGUCUUCAAUUUCAUCAUAAUCGUCAUUGCAGUUCUGUCGAACUUCCAGCAAAAGAUUACUGAGAUGAAGAACAGCGAGGAUGGUGUUAUUGAAAUAGAGAAUCGAUCGCUACAGCUAAGACGAGUCAAUUCAGGUAGUACAGAGUCGUCGUCUCGUUUUCAGAGGAUGCCGCCUGUAGUUUGGCAUGAGGUGGACGAAAUGCCUACGGAGUCCGACGACAAAUCUGUGAUUUCAGUUGAAAAAUCCGUCCAGACGUCGUUGGAGAGCUGGUUUGAUGCCUCCAGCUUGACGGAUUCCGACGAGAGGCCAAAGCCGAAACCGAAUCCAUUCGAAGGUCCUUCGGCUCAUUUCUCCGUGAGAAAACCGAUGGAAACCAACCAGAAAACAGCAAGAGUGACGACGGCCUCGGACGAGAAGAAGGAUGAGAACGAAACGCUGGAUCAGAAGUGGAAGGCGAUCAUGGAGGGACAAAAGAAGACGCAGGCUCGGCAACUGAAGAAGUGCGAGACGUGGGAAGUACCACACCGUGCCCCUGAGCCCGACCCAGAACCGGCGCUGUCGUCGGUGACGACGGCGAUGACGGUGAGGAGCCGAAAGGUGCUGAGGAAGUCGGAGACGUUCAAUGACACGGCGUCAUCGGUGUCGUCUGGGUCGAGUUCGUCGAGGAAUGCGGCGCAGAGGACGGAAGUGUUGAUGAGUCACGACGAGUUGAAUCGGCGAGUUGAAGCGUUCAUCAAGAGGAGGUACGACGAGUUGCGACUGCAGAGGCAAGAAUCUGAAAAUCGUUAUUUGGAGAUGGUCAAUCGAGGAAUCCACUGAACAAAGAGGGAGACAGAAUCAGAAAACUGUUGUUCUUGACCCCAAUUUGCAGGUAAAUUCCCAUUUAGUUGCAGAAAAUCCUUGGAUUAGAAUCAAUCUCUGAUAUCAAAGUUAAUAAUUAUGUUCUUGAAUAUGAGUGAAUAUAGUGAAAACCCAGGAUAGAUUUGCAGGAAAUUGUAAUGGGUUUUCUGUUUCUGUUUUGAUUUUAGUGGAGAACUUAACUUUGGCUAGAUAGGUAGAUAGAGACUGAUUGGAGAUGGAAUAUGAUGUAAUGGAGUUUGGGUAUUUUGACUCUCUGUGAAUAUUUUGUAAAGGAAUGAAAGAGGGAAAUAAAGAAGAAGAAGAAGAAGAUGAUGAUGUAUUGUGUUUGUACUUGAGAACCCA